GUCGGCCAUAUUGUAUUCGUACGAGUCAGGAGGUGGAAGGUGAAAGCCGAGGUAGAUACACGCGCGGCGCGUGAAGUGUGGUGUGUUUUAUAUUCCCCCCAAAAAAGGUUGGACUUCUACUGACUAGGACUGGGCAUUUCUCGAGCGAGUGGCUGACGAAGGAGAGAGAGAGGCCACGACCAGCACAGGUGCCAACCACCCCCAAAUUCCUGGCCAUGGUGGACUCGCGAGAUGAUGGACCCGAGAUUCGCGCUGUGGAUACAGUGUCGACGUCGGGCGUGGUGGGCGUGAGCAUCGGAGCUGCCGCCCUUCUCUUGCUGGUAGGGACCGUGACCUGGGUGUGCUACCGGAGGAGGUCCGGACACAAGAAGCUCAGUGAGAGGACCGUCACCCUGAGGCGCCCCACGGCGGUCAAGAACCCCGCGGGACAAAGUCACUACCUGAAGAAGUCGCCCUCCCCCACUGGGGCCAAAACACCGCCCGGAGGUGGGAAAUCUCCUACUGGUGCACGGACUCCCCCUGGAGGCCUACCCCCAGGAGGUGGCCUGUCCCCCAGCUAUCCAUCCACCCGGGCCCCGUCUCCUGCUCACCAGAGCGGCAAAGCGGGCGAGAGCGACUCCGUGUCCUUCGAGAAUGAGCAGGACAAGCCCAGCACCCCCUCGAAGGAGGAACUCGAACUCAAUGAGCGUAACUUGACCAAGGAAACCGGCCCAGCACGCCUAGGAAAACUUCAUUUCAAACUCAGGUACAAUUUCGACAAGAACGCCCUUGUGGUAACAAUUGUGAAAUGCUCUGACUUACCAGCCAAGGACCUGGCUCUCACAUCUAGCGACCCUUACGUGAAGUUGCAGCUCCUACCUGAGAAACAACACAAGGUCAAGACUCGCGUCCUCAGGAAGACACUCAACCCAGUCUAUGAUGAAGAUUUUACCUUUUAUGGCAUUAACUACUCCCAGUUGCAGAACAUAACUCUCCACUUUGUGGUGUUGAGCUUCGACCGUUACUCCCGUGACGAUAUCAUCGGAGAGGUCGUGGCUCCUCUCGGACAACUGGACCUCACCAACACGGAGAAUUCAAUUAGCCUCACGCGAGAGAUUAACCCCCGGUCUCUUAAGAUCCGUUCGCAGGGACGGGGAGAGUUGCUGGUCUCCCUAUGUCACCAGCCGGCAGCUAACCGCUUGACUGUGGUCGUCCUCAAGGCCCGGAAUCUACCGAAGAUGGACAUUACUGGACUGUCUGAUCCGUAUGUGAAGAUCUACCUCCUGUCAAAUGGACAGCGAAUAGCCAAGAAAAAGACGCACGUGAAGAAACGAACCUUAAACCCUGUCUUCAAUGAAUCCUUCGUGUUUGAUCUUCCAGCCGGCAUCGAAGGGCUGGAAAGCAUCAGUCUGGAAUUCCAUCUGCUGGAUUGGGAUCGGGUCACCAAAAACGAGGUAAUUGGUCGCCUCGAACUGGGAGGAGCCCGAGCAGCGGCCUGUGGGUCAGCCAAUCACCACUGGAGUGAGGUUGUGACAUCACCCCGUCGCCAGAUUGCCGAAUGGCACAAGUUGCGCGAAUAAGUCUUUAUUUUGGUUUCGCUUAUUUUUCUCUGUGAAGGUUUUCACAGCUUAUAUUUUCUUUUAUGCCAAGGGAUACAAUUCAGACUAGCAAAAGUUCAUGUCACCAAGAGAGAUUGUGCAACACUGUAUUAGUGCUUCAGAGAUGAAGUGGCCAUUCAGUCUGAUGAUAAAUGAAUUGUGACUCUGGAACUGAAAUGUAAUGUGUAUUCACAUGGUAAGGAAGAGGUGUGUUAUGUAUAUUUAUUUACACACUUGACAUCAAUACAUUUUAACUGAUACAUGUAUACAUAGGCACCAUGAAGUUAAAAGUUUUACUUUUAUUUUAAUUGUGCUAAUUUUUAAUGGUUUGAGUCAAAUCAUAUGUAAUUAAUCAUUCAAUAUGUUAGUACAAAAUGAUAAAAUCUAUACUAAGCAGGUAUUUAUUAUAGUUGAGCCAGUAGAUGCUCUGUGUGCUCCUUCAUAAAAGACUGAACAUACCAUUUUGAUACCUAUUUUGCUUGAUAUUUCAUGUCUUAAAUGUCAUUGUUACAUAAAUAUUUGCCUUUUGGCUGUUUAAGAACAUUUGCAAGAGUAAAAACUCACUUCGGGUAAAAUUAGUGAAAUUCAAAUCAGAUUCAGCAUGGAGUUGUUACAUAUAAUUUCAUAUUUGAAUUGGGUAAAGAGAUAUCUACUUAUACCCUGAAACUAGUGCUUUUGUAAUUUCUUUAGUACAUGAUUGAAGAAUCACACUGGGCUCUGUGGAUCUAUUUUGACAUUCAUUGGAAACUCGCAUAUUAAGAAAUGCAUUAAGAACAGUUAAAGACAAUUUCACCUUCCUUCCACCAGUCUAAAACUUCAUAGAUGUAUAUGUACGAAGCACUUUCAUAGAUUUUGAGAGUUCAGAAUUUUCAUUGAAUGGUAAUGCUUAUUCAUCAUCACAAAAUGUAAUCAGUUGGUGAGGCUACAAGGAGGCAUACAUUCUGGAUGGAAGGCAGUGCUUAUAUGAGUCAGGUAAUGCAAAAGUACCAUUUGCCAACUAAUGUUGAUUCUUUGGAAAAUUUUUCUUUGCUUUUCUUAAGUUUAGAACGAUAUUAGAACUAAUACCUAAUUUAUGUGGAGGAAGAUUAAGGAAGCUGUUAGGUAUAGCAGUGUUAAUUAAGAUAUGUUUAAUUACCAGACAGAUAUUUUUGCUAGCAGAACCUCUCAGUGCAAUGUAAAAUACGGUCCGUUUCUAGCCACUUAAUUUUUUUGAGGUGAAUAUGAAGUGGUGUGUCAGAACCUGACUGCCAUUAGAAGAUACAAUGUUUUCAUUUCAGGCUGUGGUGUUUAUAAUCAUCUAGGAUCAUAUCUCAUCUAAUUUGGUCAGAUUCCUAGUUUUCUUUUAUUCUGCAGAGCUUGUAGCAAAAGAGUGGUAGAAAACUAUAUUUUUUGGUCUCGGCUGUAAGCAAUAGCAUUCCAAAGGACUAGCUUUGAGCAUUUGUGUCUCUGGAGCUUCUUGAGCCAGAAUGAAUCUUCUAAAAGAUGCUGCAGCAGAAGCUCUCAUUCCAGUUUGUAAGGAGAUCGUUGUUCGUAGGAUUUAGCGUUAACUAGACAAUAAGAUACGGCAAGAGUUGGAAAGCUUUCUAGCUCUGCAGCAUGUUUGAGGUUGACAAAUACCUGGAAGUUCAUAAAGAGUUUUGUGCCGUUUUUCUGGCCUUAAUGUAUGCUUACGUAUAAUGUAAAAUUAGUUUAAAUCUGAAAUAUCAAAUAAUAUUCAAUAGCUUUCAGUCUUCAAAUCAAAUACUUACAACUGGUUAUGAUAGGAAGGUAGACAGAGGGGGUGGGGGGUGGGGAAUGAAGGCAUUGUAAAGCAAGAAACAUGGGCGAAUGAAAUCCAGUGAUCAAUUGAAGACUCUUUUGCAAAAUUUUAGUCCCUGCUUGCAGUUUGUCGUAUCUGAUACAAAAAAAAGAAACUUACUGAAUAUUUUGAGCAAACUCUUCCGAACUGAAAAUUAUGUCCAUUGCAGGGACUAGAAUUGAGCUCAAAUCCUACCACAUAUUAUAUAAUAUAUAUACAUUAUAUAUACAUGUCCACUUUGCUAUUUAUAAACAUACAUGUCAUUAAUCGUGAUAGAAUAUAUAGAUAUAUAAAUUAUAUAUUUUCCUUGUUUUAGAAGUAUCAUUUGUCAAGAAUAUAUGUUCUUGUGAAUUAAGGUGAAUCAGUGUUGAGUCGAAAAUGCAUAAAGGGUUUAUAGUACUGUCAUAAAAAUAUACCAUAGUUUUAGCAGGAUCCACGGCUUCUACACCGGAGGGAAAACAUGACCAUCUGUUAUAAAAUUGCCCACCCAGGGGACAAAUGGAAUAAAUUACCUCUCGAGUCAAUGCAUUUUCGAAAUCUGACUGUUGUGGAUAGACUGUCGACAGGGUGAAGGUUUUACCUAACAAGAUUCAGUUUGUACUUUCUCCUACUUUAAAGGGUAAAGAUAUACUUUUUUUGUCAUGAAUACUAUUUGUUGUUUCACAGCUCUUAGAUUCCUGCACAGUUUCCUGUAUAACUAAAUGACUUAGUUAGUGAGGGUACAUUAUCUUCAAUUCAUUAUAUAAGUUUUAAAUUUUUAUUUUAUCAGUGAGAAUAACUCUUGGUGAAUUCUUGUGGGUAAGAACCUGUUAUUGACACAUGACUCGGGUAUUUAUGUAGUACUGUAUUAUUUUCGUAGAUUAAUUACCAAUAUGACUCCCAGAGGUAGAAAUCAGCAAAGUUUCUUUAUGAAGUAGAAAGCUACGAAGGGCAAAACAGGGUUGACUUGAUUUGGGUUUUCUUCAGUGGCUGUAUGAUGAUGGAAAGGGAACAGAAUUGAUUACUCAUAGAAUCUCGCUUUGUUUGAUCAUCGUGGCAAGUGUUACAGUACAUCCAGCUUGCAUGAUUUUAUGUGCGAGUGGCUCCAUCUGUCACAGAUCUGCUGUAAAAUACAGUAUACAUGAAUUUCUUGUGAGAUAUUUUUUUAGGGAUUGAAUAGUUUAAUAAAGAGUUAGGUAAACUAAAGUGUUCGAGUAACUAUGAGAACGAGUGAUAUGAAGAAGCUGGCGAGUCCUUUCAUGGACCUUAUAUACUUGUAUCUUUCUCUCUGUCCUACUGUGGCCAGGGACCACACUCUUGUGACCCAUAUAUGAGCUAUUUUCACAAGCACAUCAUAACUGUCACUUUUAGCUAAUGUUUCAUACUGCUGCCUUCCUUCUCCUUAGUUUCAUAGACUGGUCCUUUGCUGUACAUAUGACUUCAGGCAAAUACAGUACUACAGUACAGUACUAAGCGUACUUCUGAAAUCUGAAGAUUCUGAAUGGCAUAUGAUGUGUCCUGGAGAAGUCUGUUGUUCGUGAGUGCUUUCAAGCCAUAGAAUUUUAAGAAGAAAAAUUGGAGUUCUGUAAACGCAGUUUUUAACGUUAUAACUGAUACAUGACAGGGCAGUAUUUGUAAUAUUUCAUCAUGUAUUGUAUGCCAUGCUUUAGCAGUGGUCAGAAUGCUCUUGUGCAGUCAUGUCAUUUCAGUUCAAUACAUUGUUGGUCCACAAUGAAUAUUUCAAUCUUUUUGCUUCUGUGUUUAGACCUCAGCAAGAGUCCAUCAAAUCAGCUUCUAAAUAUUAAGAUGUCCCGGUCAGAGAAAACUUGUUUCAAUCUCACUCAAAGCAAAAGUAAUUCUAAGUCGUAGUUGAGAAUGCUUAGAUCUUCGUAAGAAAUUAAUGUCUCCAAGUGCUUGUCAAGCAGAAGCUUCGCAAUAAAGCAAGAAGCAUAUUUAAGGAAUGUGUUGCAGGAUGGGAAUUUCAUUUUCUGGCUAUAUUUGAGCUGAACCACAUCAGAUCUUAAGUGAAGAAAGAAAGAAAGUUCGUGUUCAUCUCAGCAUCAAGGGGCGUGCAAACCUCAUCUGUUUGCCACACUAACAAAUUAAUUCAAGUACACACAUACAGUAUGUAUAAGUAUGUAUAUUUAUUUAAAUAUUUUGUGCUGUACUAAAUUUACAGCAUAUCUUUUGUGUAUGUAUACACACACACACACACACCAAACAUAAACUAAAAGGAUUUAGGUGUGGAUAUAUAGAGCAGAGUAUAUUGAUCCUUGAGUAUAAAGUUCAUAUUUAUGUUGAAGUAACCAACUUGAAUUGAUUAUGUUCACAGUUCCUUAAAGUUUGCAUCUCGAUUUAAUAUAUACACACGUACUGUAUGUGUGUGUGUGUGUAUUUACAUAUAUGACAUAAGAUUUAAAUAAGUACUCAUACAAUAUAUUUAUAUCAAACUAUGUGCUGUAUCUAUCAGUCAUGAAGAGAUGUUUCACAGGUAUAUUAUGUUCCAUAGAAAUUGUCAUUAAUCAAUGCAGCAUCAUGGGAAAACAAAAGGAUUCAGUUGACGUAUCAUCUGGAAUAGUGGAACAAGAAAUAAAUAUCCACUCUCUGUU